AAUGUAUGCAUCGUAAAGUUAAAAGUAGAAUAAAUAGCGGAGUAAAGUGUAGCCAGCCUAAGCCUACUAUACUCCUCGGCACUCGUGUUUGCACGGGUGGGUCGGCAUUUAUUUGACACGCAUCAACCGUCCAUUCUUUCCUCUUCCGUCUAAACUCUCCACCCCCCACCUCACCACCAUCCACCACCCAUAUAACACCAACACCACCACCCUACCACCACAAUUCUUCACCUUCAACCUUCAAUCCUUUCAUUCAAUCUCUUUUCUUUGAUCUCUGAGCUCGGUGUUGUGAAAUUUUGGGGGUUUACUCGAUCUUGGUCGAGAAAAGUUAAGACCUGUAGCAACUUAACUACAAAGAAUUGAUUUCAUUUUCGAGAUGCAAAGGGUCCGCAUGUCGUCACACCAACCACCGGUGCUGAAAUCAGGGGAUUCGGAGGUGAAAUCAACCCCUAAAUUUAGGUUGGCUGAUGUUACAGAUCAUUUACUGGAAUCAGAUUCGUGUUUUGAUCCUCUGCUUCCUGGUCUUCCUGAUGAUAUUGCUUUGAGUUGUCUUCUCCGGCUACCAGUCAAGUUUCAUUCAACCGGCCGGACUGUUUGCCGGCGGUGGUAUAAUCUUUUCUGUGAUAAAGGUCGGUUCUUUACGCAAAGGAAGCAAAUGGGUUUUCAAGAUCCAUGGAUGUUUGUGUUUUCUUUCCAUAAACGUACAGGAAAGAUUCAAUGGCAGGUUCUUGAUCUCAUUCAUCUCUCAUGGCACACGAUUCCAGCAAUGCCAUGCAUGGAGAAGGUCUGUCCACUUGGGUUCCGGUGCUUUUCUGUCUCCAAGAAUGGUUCGCUGUUUGUCUGUGGUGGGGUGGCCUCCGACGUAGACUGCCCUCUUAACUUGGUGUUGAAAUUUGAUGUGAAAUCAAAUCAUUGGACUGUUAUGAAGAAGAUGAUGACUCCAAGGUCGUUUUUCGCCGGAGGUGUGAUCGCCGGGAAGGUUUAUGUCGCCGGAGGGAACAGUAGUGAUCAGUUUGAGCUCAAUUCAGCUGAGGUAAUGGAUCCAAAAGGAGGUGUAUGGUAUCCGAUCGCAAAUAUGGGCACAAACAUGGCAUGUUAUGAUUCAGCUGUUCUUGAUGGGAAACUUUUUGUAACCGAAGGAUGGUUUUGGCCAUUUUAUGUUGUGCCACGUGGCCAGGUUUAUGAUCCAAGAACCGAUCAUUGGGAAUCCAUGGCAACGGGGCUCCGUGAAGGGUGGACCGGGUCAAGUGUUGUGAUAUACGGGCGUUUGUUUGUGGUAUCGGAGCAUGAGAGGACAAAACUUAAGGUUUAUGACUCAAGUCAUGAUACAUGGGAAACCAUCAAAGGGCCUCCCUUACCCGAGCAAAUUUGCAAGCCGUUCGUGGUGAACGGUUGCAAUGAUAGAAUUUAUGUUACGGGUCGAGACCUAUUUGUUGCAGUUGGUGUUAUUCAUCGAUUGAACAGCAGUUCAACCGAUGAAAAUAUAAAGUUUGCAGUCCAAUGGCAGGUCGUGGAAGCCCCAGAGGUUUUCUCCGACUUGACACCUUCUAGUGCGCAAAUUCUAUUUGCUUAGCCCUAGGAUAAAGUAUAAUUUUCCAUGUAUUGUACUUCAACUUAUGUAAUUAUAUUAGUACUACCAAUUUUAGUGUU